AUGAGCCAGAGCCCGAGCCCGAGCCCGAGCCCGGUGGUAAAGCUGGGGGCGUGGGGCGGCGACGACGGGGUCGCCCACGACAUCACGGUGGCGCCGCAGCGGCUGGAGAGCAUCACCAUCCGCUGGGGCAAGGUCCUCGACUCCGUCGGCUUCACCUACAGGGACAAGGACAAGCGGCUGCACACCGCCGGGCCCUGGGGCGGCGCCGGAGGGGAAAAGGGUGUGCCAGACACGAUCACCCUGGGGCCCUCGGAGUACAUAACUCAAGUGGACUGGUCGGUGGGCCCGUUCAAGCUCAAGGAAAUCGAGCACUGCAUCACCUCACUCAAGUUUGUGACCAACCAGGCCACCUACGGCCCGUUCGGCUACGGGGUGGACAGCACGCACUACAGCCUGCCCGUGCUCAACAAUGGCAGCAUCGUCGGCAUGUUCGGCCGUGCCGGAGACUACCUCCACGCCAUUGGCUUCUAUGUCACGGCCGAACAAGCCGAGGACGCUGUCCAUGUCUGA